UCAGAUCGGCCUUCAAGUGUCCAGAAUUAUUAGAAGUCCACAAACCCUCUCUGAAAAAUUGUCAUUGACAGGGCGGAGAAGGUUCUGGGGCUCUUCUUCUUGCUUGAUUCCCUCAGGCUUGUAUCUCUAUACGGGCGUAAUUUAUCUCCACCCUGCUGGCCGGUUGGCCUGCGUCAGAAACGCCAUGUGAGGUUGUCAUCAUUAUUAAAAUUUUGUUUGUGAGAAUUAUUUUACAUCGUUGUGGCGACAUGGACCUGGUCACGCUCAGCUCUGCCCUUGUAGUUUUAGUUAUUGCUAGCUGCUGCACGGGAACAUUGAGUCCGUUCGACGACAGUAUUCGUUAUGAUAUUAGUUGGAGCCCUGUGCUGGACUCGUCGGAGUUGAGUAAAUUCGAGAAAGAUGUCACUUACAUCAGAACGCCUGACAAUGAGCGUUACGCAUGCAGACUACCCUCUGGUGAUGAUAGCAGUAAAGAAAAUAGUGAAAGAGACGAAGGUCAGUCUCUGAGUGCAGAAGUGCUACUGGAGCCGCUCAUUCGGCAGCAAAAGUGCUUACAGGACGCCCAUUCUUACUGGACGUACGAAUACUGCUUCGGUGGUAAGGUACGGCAAUUCCAUGCGGAGGUUGUCGAUGGACGGCGCAAGGUCACUGCUGAGUACAUCCUGGGUAAGGAUGUUGCACACAGCAAAGCAUCGGUGUCUUCAGUACCUGUGCCAGCCACUGAGAAGCCACAGCGCAUCCCGAAGCGAAGGAUCGGUGAGCAGAAUUAUCCAUAUUACAGUGUACUGGCUGACGACGGAACACCGUGUGACUUGAGUGGCACGCCGCGUCACGCGGAAAUCAUCUUCGUCUGCCUUGAAGACAUUGUGCAGACAAGGCUGAUUAGCGUGAAAGAGACGCAGACAUGUGAAUACGAAGCGAUCGUUGCUGCACCUCAGCUGUGCACGAAUCCAGACUACCGUCUGCCCAAGGAUGAGGUGCACGGCAUUCAGUGCUCUCCAGUGGGCGGCUCGCCAGUAAAACCCAGCAGCCUGAUUGAGGGUAAGCCCAGUGCCAGCACGGAGUUUGUGCACUUGGAGCUCGGUGGCACGGAUAAGCUCAUCUUUCUCCGUGCGGGCACAGAACAGCAGAAGCAACAACAACAACGUCAGCAGCAGCAGCAACAGCGCCAAUCACAGGCCGGAAGCAUGCAAGAUGAGCCUAGUGAAACGAUGACCUUCCUGGGUGAGGCACCUGCCAACGAUGAGAUGUCGGCAUCGGCUGCUGCCAGUGGCAGACCCCGAACACCAGCGCACCCGGAGGCACCCUUAUCACCAGACAAGAGCAUGAUCAACCAGUUCUUGAACGGUGACUUCUGCUUGGACGGUGGCUCAGGCUGGUGGAUGUACGAGUUUUGCUUUGGCAAGCAGGUACUGCAGUACCACCGCGAGCCCAACUCUAAAAAGCGCGUGGAGAUCUUGCUUGGCCGCUGGGACAAGAAGGUGCAUGUGCAGUGGAUGUCGCAGGCAGCGCGCCGCAAGAAGAAAGGUCACUACUACUAUUCGAACGGCGAUGUGUGCGAUGUGACCAGCAAGCCACGCUCAGUAACGGUCAGGAUGCGCUGCAAGAGUGGCGAAUUUCAUCCGAGCCAAGUGGCCAUGUCCUUGCAGGAGCCAUCAACCUGCAACUAUAUUCUUACCGUGGAAUCGCCAAUCUUUUGCAAACUUUUGGACAAUCUCGAUGAGGAUGGCUUUGUGAAACCUAGCCAAUAAAAUGCCGAAUACUGCUAGUUUCAUUAGGGCUAGCAGAACCCCACUAUUAUUUUUGUUAUGGAUCUCUUUCCCCCCCCCCCCCCCCCCCGCUGUACAUUCACCCCUUCUAUUCUAAUAGUAGCCAUGUAUAAAUAGGAACCCGCUCUUCGGAUGUGCUGCACACUGUAAUUAUGUUUGUGUCCUCGUCAUAGAGGCAUGUGGCUGGCACAUGCAUGUACAUAGUCAGGAAUGUCCAAAUGUCCAUUUUAAUUAUGAUGCAUGUAUUAUUAUUUUCUAACUCUAACCAACGCCCUUCCGAUGCGGAUGCAUUCUCUGAUUUAUGAUAGUGACCGUAGGCGGCUGCUCAUGAGUCAUGGCCUACUGGAUGUUAA